UCUAGUGUCCAUUAUAGCUGCAUUUUAGCUUUAGGAGGUGAGUAAUUUCUCCUUAAAUGCAGUCUUGUACGUUUGCAUACACAUUUGUAUGGGCUAAUUAUAAACUCACCAUCAGCACUGCAAUAUCUGUACAGCAAAGGGGGUGUCACUGCUUGGAAACGCCUGCUUUGGAGCAGAAAACAGACCUUUUUUGUGAAAUCAUUUGGUCACAUCUUUGGGGUUUAGAUUUUCAAUGAAUAAUCAAUACCUACAACAAAAGAUUUAAACAAAAAAAAAAAGGUGUUCAUUGAAGUUUCUCCACAGGAAAAAAUCGAUCCCAUGUAUUAUUAAAUACAAAGAGACUUAUGUCUUGAGUUUCAUCUCGCCACAGCUUAUAAUAACCCUUCAGAAGCUUGAAGCAGGGCUUUUUUUCAUUAAACAAAAUGUUGGGUUCCCCUGAGCAACUCUCUGCUUCAUUACAGGCAUGUGUUGGAAGGUACCUGUGCCCAGCAGCUCUGGCGAGGAGGGCUGAGCUCAUCCAUCCCCCUUUACAUAAAAAAGGGGAAUAUUUAUUUCCAAAGUGGCUGCCUAAGGGGUGUCAGCACACGAACAGUGACAGGGAAGCACAUUUUCUGGAUGGCAGGUUUGAACACCUGCCUCCUGAGCACCUGGGUAGGGAAGUGGGGCCAUGGAGAGGUCACUGGUGGCUAAAGGUGCAGUGGGUGAUGCUGCAGCUCAUCCCCUGGUGCCCCCAGCCUGUGAUCCCUGACCUCAGAGAAGUCCUCCAUCUCUGUGCAGUUGCUGUGCACUUGGACACUUUAGGAUAUAACAGUGUCCUAGGGCUGGGAAUACAAGGAAUUCUGGCACCAUGAGCAAGGAGCUGGGGAAUACCCUGAUUGCCCUGUCCCUUUAUAGUUGGAUUUUCCAGAGGUGGGACUCCAAAGCAGCCGGGUAAACUUGGAAUGAAGAAAUGCUUGUUAUAUUUUCAUUCCCCAUGGCCGAAUUCCAGUCUCCAAAAUGGGAUUACCAGGGUGAGAUGCAGCUGAGUUUCACCUCUGCCAACCUUCAGCAGCCUCCGUGGCAGCCCCGUGCCCUGGGGGAGCUCUGGGGAUGAACCUCUGUGGGAUGUGUCAGGCUGGUAUUGCUGCCUCCAGCCUGUCCUAAGCCAGGCUGUCCCACUGACUGACCCAGCUGCAGAGAUUUUGUGACAAGCCAGUGCAAACCGUUCCUCCAGCACUCACAGAUUUGUUUUGCAGGGCAAAAAUAAGCAGCAAUGCAAAUAUCAUACUCUGUUUUAUUCCCCCCUGUCUUUUCCCCCCUCUUUGCUUCAGGAAAGCGGGAGGAGGCGAGGCAGGAUUGACACUUUCUCCUGCCAAGGGCUUUUCCUAAGAUGCCUGCUGGGAACACUCCUGUGUGUUUCUCUUUAGGUGGGAGCUCUUUUGAUUUUCUCGCUGCUGAAGUCGCACCAAGGUGCCUGGAGAAGGAUUUGCUGCUUGCUUAUGAAAUCCAUUCUCCCUUGAGGAUCUGCUCUUUCCAGCUUGAUAAACUCUUAAUUCUUGCUGUCUAACAACACCAAGGGACUGUUUUUUGUGCCUUGAUGAGUGUUUGGUGAUUGAUGUUCGUUUGCGCUCACAGGAGAUCAGUAACCUCAUUUCAGUUUUGCCAGAACAUGGGGACAAGAGCUCUGUGUCCUUCUCCCUUCUUGGCCAGGUACAAAUGAAAGAGAAAAUAAAGAGGCUGCAGCCUGUCCAGACUUACCCUCUCACCUUAUGGCUCAAAUCCUGGCACUGUUUGUGCCCCAUGUUGCACAGGGGCACGUGGGAAAGGACGUGCUUGGCUAUUUUUGCUGUCAUUUUAUCUUGGCUUUAGUCUUGGUUCUGUUCACUGUCUGGGAUAUUUGGAAGGAGCUGUUGUAACUUGGCAUGGGAGUAGAUUGCUUAAAUAUUACCUCACAGAGUCAUGUAAGUUUAGAGUAGAUAAGACUUGGACCCCAAAUACCUUUUUUAACCCUUUACUGUCUUUUCCAAGUCCAUUCCAUUUGCUCUUUCUGAGCUCUUUCCAGCAGUUCUGAGGGGAACACAACUCCUGUUUCAUCACUUGUCUGUGAUACCUGAACAGUUUCUGUAUGGCCAGCAGAGAGAUCUUUCACUUGCCCCUGCAUGUGCACACAUACAGGUACAUCGUCUGGGGAAGGAUUUGUCAGCAGAAGAAAUCCCAGAGGAAAAAUGCCCAUAAUGAUGAAUUCACAGAAAAUAUGCAAUCCUACACCCAGAUAGUCAGAUAAUAUUAUCCACCAAGCUGUGACACUGUUCUCAGAGAGUAAAUGUCAUUUCUCUUUAAAAAUCCAUUUUCUUUCCUUAGAAGAAAGGACACCUGGAGCAUCUGUACUGAAAGGGAGAAGGUAAAGGAGCCUGUGAGCAUUCCCUUCCUCCUCUGGUCUUAUGCAGAUUCUAAACACAGGUCUGAACGCAAGCUCGAUGGCAACUCUCUGCUCUGUCUGCCAGGGCUCCAGCUCCAACCGCUCCUCUCCAUCCUCCACCUUCUUUUUCCAAAGUAACAAAGCCAUUGGAUUUCCUCCCACCCCUUCCCUGCGCCUCCCCUCCCCCUCGCUGGCACCGGGGUUAUUUAUACAGAAUGUGGAAACAAUUUGCAGGAAAGUGAACAAUGUAAGUGGGACCGAGGGAAGCGGGGCAAGUUUGUUGUGCACGCUGAGAGCCCCAGCAGUGAAACGCUGCUUUUUGGGGGGCACAGUGAGCAGUCUGUUUUCCUUUCUUCCUUCUCCCCUCUCUCACCAUCUCCCUGAGCUCUUUUCGUCUUGCCGGAGUCAGGGCCAAACCAGAGCAACCAGAUCUGAGCGCGUUUUGGAGGACGUUCAGGUUGGAUCCCGCCCUGCACCGCAGCUCCAUGAGGCGGUAUCUGUGUACUUAAUCCCCCUGGAGGUUCUGCUCUCGGAUCAUUGCUGCUCCUGGAUUAGCAUUAAUGAACAACAGCAUGUGUGCUCCAGAGGUGCUGCUCCAGGCCCUGGAGCUGCAGCACUGCCUGGUGUUAGACACAGCUAUUCCCUGGAACAGUUCGGCUCAAAGAGGACAUUUCUGGGAGUGAACGAGGCAGGAACUUUUUGCAGUCUAAUUUCAGUCUUUCUGCCCUCACCUGCUGAGCAUUGCAUUCCCAGGGCAUCCCAGCACCUUGCUGGUUCCAGUGGGAGUGUGUCUGUAAAUGCAGCAGUUUCCCUGAAUGCUCUGGGCUGGGGAAGCCGAACCAGCACUCAUCAGCACCUUGAGCAGUUCUGGGCUCUUCAGACCUUGCUCUGCAUGGUGAAGUCCUCAAAGAGAGAUGAUACAAACAAACAUGCUUCAAGGCAUUGCAGAGGGAAGGGAAUGUUAUCCUGGGUUCCAGAGCAGCUGCCCUGGCCACAGUGGGGGCCUCCUGCCCUCCUGGGAGCCUCCUUCCCCAGCCCGCAGCCUUGGGUGGGAUCUGUGCAUUGUGCUGAGCUGGUAGGGCAGGGCCAUGAAGCUGCCAAGUGGGACAGUGUGUUCUUCCCUAAAUCAGGCAGAUUCUGGCUGAGAACUGGUGCAGCUGAUCCACUUUGAUCCAGUGGCACAGAGGGACAGUCAGAAGGAACCUCUGGUGGGCUUUUCCUUCCUGAGAAUCCAUCCUCUACUUUCCAGUUCUUCCUGCUCUUUCCUAAUCGUUAUCCAUACACAGUGUGGAGAAGGUUCCAGGAGAACAAUUUCUGUUUUCCCUCCCAAUCCAGGCACCAACAGGGCCUGGGAGGCUGCAGCUGGGAGCAGACAGAACCCAGACCCAGCAAUGGGUCUCAGCAGAGCUGGGUGGUCACAGAUUCCCAGUGCAGCCAUGCUGUGUCCAGGAGCACAGUGUGAGCCACAGCCUGGCUGCUUCUCAUCCCUGCUCCUGGCAGGAGCCUGCUGGUGUCUGAGUGCCUGCCCAGGCUUGUUCCACACUGUGCCUCCCUGCUGGCAAAGGCAAGGAUAGGAGAGAGCCUGAAUCCAUCAGCCUCUGGAGAGAGGCUCGUGCAGGCUCGGGCAGGAGGGCAGCAGCUCUGCUGCUCAGAGGAGUCUGGGCACCCCACUGAAGGCCUCAGAGCAGACACAAACAUUUCCAGUCUCUCUCUGACUCCCAAGGGUCUCCCCUUACUCCUGGAGAGAUGCAGCCUUGAGUACCCUGCAUGGAGAGCUCUCAACUCACUUUCAACAGGUUUGGGCAAAGUGGAGGCUUGAAGCUGCUAUAGAGACUAAACUGCAGAGACCAGAGGGACAAGGGUAAUUUCAGAAAAACAGCCAUUGGAACACUUGUGCUUUUUCCCUUAUGGUUCUAAAUGUUCAAAUUCUCACAAAAAUAUGAGACAAAUUCCUUGGAAUGACUGUACUGCUGAAAACAUUCGAAAUUUCCUCUUUCAUCUGGUUCUUACUGUUUUAAAAAUAAUUUUUAGGGCUCUUUAGAUGAGAACAGAUUUGUAUUCCUCUCUCUCUGCUGCUCACUUCCCACCUGAAAUCCUCAGCUGCUCUUUGCAGUUCCCAACACAAUGGCGAGUGAAAUCCUGAACAGAGCAUUCAAACUUGAGGUGAGGAAAAGCAACAGCAGCAGAUGGGCUUGUAAACAGCAGAGACCUGGCUCAGGCACAGACGUGCUGGCGGAGUGGGGAGGAGCAGGAGGGUUGGUAAACACAGAGCAAUUUCCAUUUUCUGGGCUGAAAUGUGGGGAUCUGGGGAGGGGAGGGCAGUGCAGGAACAGCAGCUCUCCCGUUCUGGCAGAGUCAGCUCUUCCCAGAAGAAGCUGUUCCUGUCAGAACUUGCAGCAAAUGGGAGAAGAUGGGAAAGUGGGGGACGUUUUCCAGCAUCAGGGAAUUUGUGGGAGAUGAAAACAAGAUUGCUAGCAGCCCUUUUGCACUACUCUUGGUUUCUAAAGAGGUUUCCUGCUGUUUUGCUGCCGUUCUUCCCUUCCCUUGAAUUCCUUCUGGAACUCAGUCAGCAGAGUUGGUAGUAACUUCACUGAUACAAAAUUCCCAAAAGUUACCUGAAAGUUUGCAGCCGGACAGAGGAAAAGGAAACCCAGAGCAGAGUCCCCAUGGGUGGAACAAAAAAAGCAGAAUAAGGAGGCUCAGUUCCAUAGUUUAUUGAGUCCAGAGGGAUUUCUACAAACCACAUGGCAUCAAGUGUCAAAGAAAUGAGGGAUAAAAACCAACGUGGAACAACGGAGCAGCCCAAAACUCCCACAGCCCAGUGAGGCUCCAGAAAUGUUGGAGAGGCUUAAACAGCUUAAACAGCCCCUCAAUGUCAGGUGCUAGCCAAGAGCAGCCCCCCUCCACUUUGUUCUGUCAGGAGAGAGUCCUGACUCAUGUCAUGGGUGUUCUUUCCUUGGACAGGGAGACCCUGCACGUCCUGUGGUGUCCAGGAGUCACGGAAAACAGGCUGAUGAAAGAUGGUUCUGAGCUGGGAUUUUGGAGAGGCCUGUGCUUGAUCUAAGGUUGAAGGGCUGUUGUUUCUGUUUUUAUUAGGAAUUGGGAGGGGACAGGUUACUGAGCCCCUGAGCCUUAAUGUAAAAUGAUUAGAAUCUGGAACAGAUUCCAAAACAGACAUUUAGGGACUACUAAAUGUACAAAGCAGCUUGGAUAUCAAUCACCAGAGUUCAUCCAGUCCUGGAAAAAACCUCUGAAACGGGCAGUGCUUUAACAAAGUACAGAUGUCUGGGGACUCAAAAUACAAGGAAAAAUUAUGAGGAGGAAGAGAUAACACUUUCUCCAUUUCUUAGAGAGGGAGAAAAUGCCAGAAAGUUAUUAAUUUUAUUCCCAGGACUCUGAUAACUGGACAAGGAUCCAAGGUUAAGGUGAUCUCCAUGACCUGACACUUGCAGAACAAGUGGGCUCCCUGCAUCCUGCAUGAGGAGUUCUAGGGAGAUUUGUAAUCCCCAGUAAUAACUUCAGAGGUUAAUUGGCGCCUGGAAAUGAGUUUAUUUGGUAGGUGGGCUAGAGGGGGUUUAAUUACAUGUUUAGAUCAGUGUUGCUUCAAGCAUUAAUUUAGCCUGGGAAAGGAGGGUGUAAUGUCAGGAGUGACACUUUCACUCUGCUUAGAUUGGGAGACAACCAGGGGAACUGGGGAGGGCCCCUGAACUGUUGGGGAAGAUGAGAAUGAGCUCUGAGCAAAAUCAUCUCUGUUGUUUUAGGCCAAAAUUCCCUGGACUUUGUGUAAGGCCCAGUUUCCUGAGCAUGGCACUCAGCAGUUUUUGGACAAUCAGGCUGUCAGAAGGGAAUCCCUCCAAAAUGCACAUUGGAUUUCUUUUUUUGGGCCUUAUUUCUCUUUUCUGCUUUGUGUCAUAUUCUCCUCACGGCUUUCCAGAGCAGAGUUACUCUUCCACUUGUUCCCUUUUGCCUCCUGCUGAGUCAAUUCCUUUCUUUUCCAACAUUAUUUGUACUGUAGUCACUCCCAGAAUCUGGGAAAUCAUCCUCAGAAGUCUCCCCAUCUCCUGAGCUUACUGCCAACUCUCCCACUAAAGCUUUGAAUUCUUUGUUAUAAAGAAGAAUAAAAGGCCAGCAAAGUGCACCUCAACACCCAUUCAGGUGCCAUUACCCUGUAAUUCUUUAAAAACUCUGUGUGCAUUUAUAGUCACUGGGAAGUGCUGGAGUGGGAAGCCUCUGGACUAAAUUGGUGUUAGCACAUGAAAGAAAAGCAGUCCUGCAUGGGGCAGUGGGCUCUGGGCUGGCUUGGUCACUGGCUCGCUUGGUGGGCUCGGGGCAAUCAUUCCCUGCCUGUGCCCCUGCUGGCAGUGCCCAGCUCCAGCUGUGCUCCUUUGGAUGAGCAGCUCCUUGGGACACAGCCCAUCCUCCCCCGGAGCCACAGCAGAGCCUGAGGUGAGCAGGGAAUGCAAACAGGGAUGAGAGGAAUGCCCAGACAGCAGGGCAAGGUUCCCAGACAUGCAAGCACGGCUGGAACCCCGGGUGCUGCAAGCUGUCUCUGUUCCCAGGCCUUGGCUUCUCUCUGCCGGCCAGCAAAGCAUUCACCCCUUCCAAACACAGCAGUGAGGUGAACUGGCAGCUUCCCAGUUCCACUGGGAAACAGGGGAAAUCACUAAACUCACUUUGUAAACUCAAAAAGAGCCUGAUCAGAUCCUCCAUCCUGCCUGGAGCUGUGCCACCUCCCUGCAGGUGAAAACCUCCUUGCAGUUCUGAGCCAUCCCAUCCCAUCCCAUCCCAUCCCAUC